AUGGCAGGUGGGACGUGCGACAACGCCCACCUUCCGCCCACCCUAGACUUCACCGCACCUCGUAACUUUACUCAGAAGUACCAACAGCUCUCCUCAUUGAUCAUGUCGGCUGAAGAGCAAGUGGUAGCCCCCUCGGUGAGCGAGAACCCGGAAGUGCUCGCAGACCAACCAACGAGCAUGGUGACUGACGAAGACCCCGCCAACGGUGCAACGGCUGAAGCUGAGGCGGAAACAAACGGCACCGCCGAGACCAACGGCACGGCCGAUGUAACGGCGGCUGCGGACGGUGCGCCUGCCGUCGAAGGUGAAAAGGCCAAGGAGUUGUCGCACGAAGAACAGCAGAAGGCUGAUGUGGAGGGCAAGAUCUUCCUGGGCGGCCUGACUUGGCAGACGACUGAAGACAUGCUCAAGACGCACUUCGGGAAGUGGGGCGCUCUGAAUGACGUCAUCCUGAUGCGCAACAAAAUCACCGGAGAACCUCGCGGCUUCGGCUUCGUGCAGUUCCAAGAGUCCACAUCUGCGGAUGCCGCCCUCAAGGAAGAACACGUGAUAGAUGGCAGGACCAUAGACGUCAAGAGGGCUGUCCCUAGGGACAGGGCACCGCUGCCUAGGGCCGCGGCCGACCGCAACAGUGCCAGCGCCAGAGGAGGGUCUCAGGUGGGCGGUCGCCACGGCGGCAUGAAUGAUGCCCCUCUGACUAACAAGAUCUUCGUGGGUGGUCUUGAUCAGGAGGUGAACGACGCCGACUUCCGGGGCUACUUCGCCAAGUUCGGCAAAGUAGAAGACGCGGUUGUGAUGUACGACAAGAAGACGGGCAGGUCGAGGGGAUUCGGAUUCAUCACCUACGACAGCCCUGACAUCGUGCGCAAGGUUAUGAGCGGUGGUACGCACGAGCUGAAGGGCAAGUCGGUGGAAGUCAAGACAGCAGCCCCCCGCGACGGCCCCCGUCAAUUCAACGGUGGCGGCGGCUUCAACGGUGGCGGCUACGGAGGCGGCGGAGGCUACGGUGGAGGGUACGGCGGCGGUGGUGGUGGAGGGUACGGUGGACAACAGGGCUGGUCCCAGCAGGGUUACGGGGGUAGCCGUGGAGGCGGGUACGGCGGCGGAGGCUACGGAGGGGGCUACGGUGGGCAGGGCGGCGGUGGCUACGGCGGUGGCUACGGAGGACAGCAGGGCUACGGCGGCUACACCCAGCAGCAGCAGCAGGGCGGCUACGGCGGCGGCUACGGCGGCGGUUACGGUCAGCAAGACCAAAGCUACGCGUCCGGUGGCUACAACCAGCAGCAGGGUUACGGCCAAGGCGCUGCCACAACCCCUCGGCAGUCCUCCCAGACAGCGUCUACCGGCUACAACCAGGGGACAACCGCUCAGCAGGGGUACGGUGCGCAGACGGGAUACAGCCAGCAAGGCUACGGCCAGCAGCAGGGCUACGGUACUACGGGCGGCCAGGCAGCAACCGGGUACGGAACAUCGUAUGCCGGAACCGACGCGUCUGGCAGCGGUGGCUAUGGCACGAGUGCCGCCACUGGAUACGGAACCGCGGGCGUAGACCAGGGUGGUUACGGUGCGUACAGGGGAGGAGCUACCACCCAAGGUCGCCAGGAGAGGAGCUACAGGCCGUACUAGAUGUGUCAUGGGUUUCGGUUGGUUAAGUAUUGGUUGUUUGGAAGGUUAGGAGUGCCUGAGCGUGGUAUAAAAGUUCACCUACCAUCGCGGAAUUACCAUAUCCUCGAUGCUUCGAGAAAUGGUGAGCUGACAACGGAUAGUAUCACCGUCAAAACAGAUGCGGAUCAUGGGCUGGGGUGAUGUUGGGUCGGUCAAACAUGAAGAGCGCUGGGGACCUGUGUGAUUUGUUUUCAUCCGUUAUAAGUCAGCGACUUCGACACACCCCGUCCAUGCCCUUCUGCGUUUCGUUGUGUGCAACAUCGGGCAAUUGUCAAGCCUAUUAGGUUGUCGCUUGUAAUCUGUAUUUGAUGACCGGUUGGGUAUUGUGUUGAUGCUCAAAAGCCUUUCUCACUGUUCAUUUGUUUGCGGGUGGUCUGGGGGAAACUUGAAGCAAAAUCUGCUGCUGAUGAAGGAGGUGUUGAUUGUUGGUGCUGCUACGGCUUUCGGAACAAAAUUGUACGAUAGGGAAAAUAUAUGUGUAGUACUUGUUCUGAGCUACAUAAAUCGAUCGUGUCGUGGAAGCUCCGGCAUACAGUUCGCCACCAGUGCGUAACAUGCCCUCGUGACGGUAGUCGCCAUAAAUCUGUCGCCCUCUCGCUGAGGCGACGGCAGCGAUGUCGUCGGUUGAGCACAUUUUUCCCAGCAAAUGAAGCAGCAGCAAGGACUCUGGCAUAAUGUUCUUUGGUGGCACCGCAGCUACACCAUGGUCCCAGCCUGAGAUUCAGCCGCACACGGCUUAAUAGACUACCACCGCCUAGUGCAACCGCACCCUAGCAAAAGUUAAAAUCUUUAGUC